AGAGUCAAGCCAUCAUAUAGAAAUGCCGCAUCGUGUCGUAUGUCGUAUCGUCGCCAGUGCCGCACUGAUAUCAGAGCACGCCUCUAAAUCCGUGAUAAUAAAUACAUGAUUUUUUUUUUUCAAAUGGCUGUCGCGCGAAAGAUUCUCUGAAAGAGCAUCGUCCUUUGCUGACGACGACCUUCGUUUUCCUAACGCGUUUUACCUCCCGAGGGGAGAAUCGGAUUUAGGAGUGGGGUUACGCGGCUCAUGUUUUCGUAAGAGAACAUUAGCGACACGUACAGAUUUCAUUUGCAUAUCGGCCGCGGAUACGGCGAUAAAGGCGACAUAUGUUCCCUUAAUAGCGCGGUAGCUGAACGUACGAAGACGGAAAUAGUUUAUUAUGGGAAUCGACGGUAUGAGGGUCGGCGGAGGCAGAUGCCCGCCUCUCCUAGUCGGCGGACUUCUACUGGCGUGCCUCAUGCUUAUCUGCAACUGGUGGACCCUCUCGUCCGAGAACCUGGAGCUCGUCAGGCAGAUCGACGAUCUGAACGAGCAGCUCAAGAUCAGCGCCGAAGAGAGGGAUCAGUGUGUAACAUUGCGCGGUAACUUGGAACAAAGGUAUAAGCAUACUGAGGAUGAGUUGGCUACGUUACACGUUCGCUUGGAACAGCAAAUUGAUCUUAAAAAGAAAAAUGAUGAGCUCGAGGAUUCUGUUACCGUGUGCAAGAGUGAGCUGGAUUCAUUAGCCAAACUAGAUGCCACUAAAACCGCGACAUUAGAAACAUUGAGAUUAGAAAAGGAGACGAUUAAUACUCAAUUAGAUGCGAAGCGGAAUGAAUAUAAGGAGCUUCAGGAGGAAGUGUACAGACUGAAAGCGGAGAUGGAUCAGCUCAAGCUCAGUUGUACUUUGCCAUCUGAGAAGAAAGAGACUCCGAAUCUCCAGCCACCAAUGACAGUGGUCUCUAACAAGCCUCAGUUGCGUCAGAUACUGGAGCCUGCUGUAAGAGUAUCCGUAGCUGGUCGGCGAGGUUUGAUGUUCCACGGAAUUCCGAUCCUACCAACAGACCCACCCGGUGCUGUGCGCCAAACUCCUCGUUUCUCAGUGACUAUGUUGAAGAAAGCUGAAACGGAAUCGAAACAAGUCAAUGGCACGUCGAACGAUGCCGCAGAGCAGGAUAUCGCAAUUGCCGACAACUUGGAAGAUCCUGAGAAUCGUGCACGUGAUAACAACGGAGAUGACAUUCAAAACACAGAAGAGACUAUGCUACUUCCAGACAAUUACGGAGAAGAGGAAAAAAUGCAAGGUACAACAAAGAAAUCUGGAGAUAAAAAUACAUAAUAUACCACGCAAUAUAUAUAAUUAAAAUAUAUAUAUAUAUAUAUAUAUAUAUAUAUAUAUAUAUAUAUAUAUAUAUAUUUCAAAGGAGAAUAAGGCAAUUUUGCUAAAAAAGAAGCUCUAAUUUGGUUAAAGUUAUAGUUACAUAUAUAAAUAUUAGUAAUAUUUUGAUAUCAUUAUAUUUUACAUUAUAUCAUAUAAAGUGUAUUUUACUCAUUUUAUUGUAUCAUACUUAACUGUUUGUGAUACAAGUAUUUUUUUAUGUAUAUAUUAUUACUUUAAAAGCAUAUAUAUAAGCAUAUUAAAAGCAUAUUUCUAAUAAUUUUUUUUUUACAUUAUUAUGAAAAUGAAAUAUACAAAAUAAUGUACAUAUGUGCCAAAAUAAGUUGACUCUGUUUUUUGAUACGCAUAUAUUUGCAAAUACAUAUGGAAUUUUUGUGCAAUAAGUAACACGAUUAUAACUGUUUGAAGAUCUGAGAAUGAAUGCAAAAGCAUUACCAAUAUUUGAUAAGAAAAGACAAAAUAUCUUUAAUGAUUUUUUAAUAAGCCAUAUGUUUUGUGCCACUUGAAAAAAGUGAUAAAACUAUGUAAUGAAUUGUGAAUGUUUUAUAUAAAAAUAUAAAAUCGGAUAAAGUCUUUUAUUAAAUAAA